CUCAGAAUAUGCCUAAUAUGCCUAUCUUGGCGGUCACUUGACUUUGUGAGACAUUCGAUUGGGGUCUGGGGCCGCCAACCGUAAAGGGACGACGGCGUCCUCCCUUCAGAGCAAAACCCGCCCGUUGUCGCUGGUCCCCAGGCAGCCUGGACCGCAGAGCCGGAGCUCGAGGGCGCCUGCAGCGCACCUGCCCCCGCGCACCUGCCCGCCCUCCCCGCCGCCGGCCUGCCCCCGGGGCGUGUCGCCCAGGGGUCCGCCCAGUCCUUGCGAGGCUGCCUCGGUCGCCCUGAGCUGCGGCCCAGGGUCCGGAGGGUCCGGAGGGUCCGGAGCCGCAGCUGGAAGAUGCGCCCCGCGGCUGCCGGCACCCUGAAGGCAGUGUUCUUCAUCUUCGCCUCCCUGUGUGCCUGGUAUUCUGGGUACCUGCUGGCAGAGCUCAUUCCAGAUUUGCCCCUGUCCAGCGCCGUCUACAGCAUCCGGAGCAUCGGUGAGAGGCCUGUCCUCAAAGCCCCAGCCCCGAAAAGGCAAAAAUGUGACCACUGGACCCCGUGUCCCCCAAACACCUACGCCUACCGGUUGCUCAGUGGUGGUGGCAGGGACAAGUAUGCCAAGAUCUGCUUUGAGGAUGAGGUGCUCAUAGGAGAAAAGACUGGGAAUGUUGCAAGGGGAAUAAAUAUUGCCAUUGUCAACUAUGUGACUGGGAAAGUGACAGCAACACAGUAUUUUGAUAUGUACGAAGGAGAUAACUCUGGACCGAUGACGAAUUUUAUUCAGAGCGCUCCCUCGAAGUCCCUUCUCUUCAUGGUGACCCACGAUGAUGGUAGCAGCAGACUGAAGGAGGACGCUAAGAGGGCCAUAGAAGCCCUGGGAAGUAAAGAGAUCAGGAACAUGCGGUUCAGGUCGAGCUGGGUAUUUCUUGCAGCAAAAGGCUUUGAACUUCCUGCAGGAAUUCAGAGAGAAAAGGUCAACCACUCAGAUAAUGUGAAGAACAGGUAUUCGGGCUGGCCCGCAGAGAUCCAGGUAGAAGGCUGCAUACCAAAAGGACCAAGCUAACGUUGCCCGGCCUCAAUAAACGUGCUUUUUAUAGACAAAUGCA